UACUCACGUGCUGUGUAGUGCGCUAGUAUGCGGUGAUAUAAAGGGGGCUGUGUGACAGGGUGUGGACUGAAUCCGGCUGGAGACAGGAGCAGCGCGACUUUUAAUAUUAUCACCGACUGCAGAUUUAAAAGGCUCCAGCUCGCCAGAAAAGAUUAAAAUGUUGGAUGUGACAAGCAGCCAGUUCGACUCUUUCCUCUUUUGGAGGCAGCCCAUCGCCGCCCUGGACCUGUCUGAGCUCGAGGACCUGGGGCUCGCCGAGCCCAAAUCCAAGGACGGAUCUUUGGGCGGGAAAAGUUCUCCCAGGCUGGACGAAGAUGACUCGGAGCUGUCCGAGUUCUCCACCUUCAACUUCUGGAAGGAGCCGAUCGCCAGCAUUGACACGCUGGACUUCAACCUGCUGCUGCUGUGAAGCCCUGCCCCAUGGGAAAAGCCAUGCCUCCCAAACCCACAGCCCUGCCCCAUACUCACAGCUCACAGCUCCUCCCCCUGAUUAGUACAGCACUCUUUUUCUCUAAAUUGUGUGUUUCCUGUCCCUGACACGGUGCUGGCACAGGUCUUGAGUGUUAUAUUAAAGAAAGUAAAUGUCCAUUUUUGAUGGAAAGUGUAAGGAAGUGUGAAGUCUGGUAGCGCAGGUCAUACGCUCACUUUCACGUCAUCUGUGAACCGUAUUAUUCUAAAUCUCAGUGUUUCGGUCCUGCGUGAUGAUUUGUUAUCUCUUUUCUUAAACAUGACUGAGUGGAAUGUGAAUAAAGGACAGAAGUGUUUUCUCA